AUUUUCUACUUCCCGUUGUAUUCUCUCUCUUUCCUCCCUCUCUAUCAUCUUGUUCUGUAUAUUUCAGUCCAAUUAUCUCUGUGAAUGAAUCAUGAAUGUUUGCCAGCGGCCAGCAACAACCAUACAAAACCAAACACAGAUAUUUUUUCUCUCUCCCCCUUAUCAAUGUCUGUCUUCUCUCUCUCUCACAUAUAAGCAUUUCAUGAUAGUUGUCAAUGGAGAGACAUGGGUGGUGGUACUGGUACAACAAUGAUAGACUCCGGUUGUCGCAGCAGUACUCGACGCUACCGAACCACUAGAACCGGCAAGCUCUUCUUCUGUUUCAACUCUCGUUUCUUCUCAUCUUCCUCAUCAAUGAACAUCUCUUCCAGAUCCAUUCUCAGCCCUGCCCGUCACCAUCCCCAUCCCCAUCCCCUUUCACUCUCCGCCUCUCUUAGCCGUCGCCUUCGCACCGACGGUAGUCUCAAGGGCGGCCAGUCUCCCAUGUUCCCUACUAACACCGCCUCCAACUCCAAGAAACGCACUUCAGGCGCCUUGGACAAUCCUGAACCCUCCUCCCCUAAAGUUACCUGUAUCGGCCAAGUUCGCGUUAAGUCCAAGAAGAAGAAGAACAACAACAAUAAGCAUGGUCGUAAGCUACGAAAUCCUUCCCGCCGGCGGAGCGGCGGCGAUGGAAGCUUUCGUCGGACGGAUAACUGGGGUUCCAUCGAUUUGAGCUCUAGUAGUCAGAGUAACAUCCUCCCGGAGAAUAAGCAUCGGAAUCAGAGAUGGGUGCAUCUUCCGUUGACAAUUUGUGAGGGUUUAAAGGGUUUGGGGGCUGAAAUUAGUUGCCUUUUACCUUGCAGAUCAUCGUCUUGCUUCUCGAGUGAAAGAGGGAGUAAGAGAGAAAGGAGUAUAAGAAGCAAUUUGGAAGAGAUAGAAAUUAGCAGGGAGAAAUUCGAAGCUAAUAAACUAGAUACAUCUGACGUGGGAGAAGAAGAAGAUGAAGAGAAGUUGAGCGUUUGUGUCCCGCCUAAGAACGCUUUAUUACUUAUGAGGUGCAGAUCUGAUCCCAUGAGAAUGGCAGCUCUCUCCCGCCGACUGUUGGAAUCCCCUUUAUCAAAUGGUGAUGAACCCGCAGAAGGUAAUAAUAAUGUUCACGUGGAUGCGGAUUUUGAAGAAACCGAACCCAAAAGGUGCAGUCAAGCAAGUGCUUAUCUGAUCACUCCAGUAAUCGGAGGAGUAGAAGGAAAUGAAAAUGAAAAUCUUGAAGCGGAUUCGGUUAUAGAUAUGCCUGAAGAAGUAGAAGAACAUUUUGAUGAAGAUAGUUCGGGAAUGGGCGAGGAAUUGGAUGAAGAAAGUGAACAGAGGAAGGAAGAACCUCCUCCUCUAUACGAAGAAGAAAAUAGCCAGAGAGGCUCAACAAUGGAGGAAGAAGAAGAUAGCCAGAGAAGCUCAACAAUGGAGGAGGAAGAAGAAGAUAUCCAGAGAAGCUCAACAAUGGAGGAGGAAGAAGAUACUCAGAGAGACUCAACAAUGGAGGAGGAAGAAGAAGAUAUCCAGAGAGACUCAACAAUGGAGGAGGAAGAAGAAGAUAUCCAGAGAAGCUCAACAAUGGAGGAGGAAGAAGAUACUCAGAGAGACUCAACAAUGGAGGAGGAAGAAGAAGAUAUCCAGAGAGACUCAACAAUGGAGGAGGAAGAAGAAGAUAUCCAGAGAUACUCAACAAUGGAGGAGGAGGAAGAAGGAGAUAGCCUGAGAGGCUCAACUAUGAUGAAUGAAGAAGAAGAUAUCCAGAGAGGCUUAACAAUGGAGGAGGAAAAAGAAGAUAUCUUGAGAGGCUCAACAAUGAAGGAGGAAGAAGAGAACGAAAUCGAUGCAGGUCCUUUGUCUGCGUCUGGAAACGAAGAUGAGCAGAAGAAGUUUAUUGAAGAAGAAAAGAAAGAAGAGGAAUGUGAAUCGGCGUCCUCCGUACGUUCUUCAGAUGAUAAUUUAGCAAUGGAGUCAACAAAAGAAGAGAAAGCAGCAGCGACUAAUGAAUCAGAAGAAGCGGAAGUGGAGAAUGAAGAAGAAGAAGAAGAAGACGACGAUCCGGCGGCGGCAGAGAAUAAAAGAGAAAUGGCAUUACCCGAUUGCUUGUUGCUAAUGAUGUGUGAACCCAAGGUUUCAAUGGAAGUCUCAAAAGAAACAUGGGUGUGCAGCAAUGACUUCAUGCAAUUUCUUCCAGAGAGACGUCGUCGUCCGGCGAACAAAACCCUCGGUGGCGACGUGGAGAAUAAGAAGGUGGUUGACAGAAGCAGAAAGGCAGCGGCGGCGGCGGAUGAGUUAAACUUAAAACAAGCUCAACAGCCACCGCGAUCAUCGUGCUCAAUCCCGGAGAAGGCUGCGCCGGUGCAGAAGCUGCCAAGGUGCAAGUCGGAGCCGAUGAGGACUUCGGCUGCAAAGCUAGUGCCUUCUUCUUCGGAGACAUCAUCAUCAUGUGUGUGGAAGAUCAGGAAAGUAGAGCAGCCACUACGCCGAGGACCCACAGCUGUUGGACUCGUCGGUGGUUCGGCUACAGGUCUUGGGUUCUGAACAACAGCAGCUAGCUAGCUAGUGUUUGUUUGUACAUAUUUUUGUUGUUCAAUCCUAUUUUAUUAUUGCAAAAUAUUUGAAGGGGUUGUUGUUUCAUAUAUAUAUAAUAUAAUAUAAUAGAUUGUUUUCAAAUUAAUAUAUUAUUAUCCUA